AUGUGGAGAUCUCUGCGCAAGUCGUACGCUUUAUUCAGCUGCUGCACUUCUUUCUGCGCGUCAGCAUCAACAUCGUCGGCACAUGCAGGAGAAACGAAGGGAAAUCGCUUUAGAUCCCCGGCGAGCGUUGGCAGCAGCACGGGGGGUUCACAGCAGCGAGAGGCAAAUCCAUACAAGUCAUGGGAGCACUUGAAUCAUAAGUGGCUUCUUAUGAUGUGCGUCGGCUGUCUUGCGGGGGGGCUUGCCGCCGGCCAGGUUGUUGACGUGGACGAUAAUACACUGCGCCCGCCUUUUUUGAAGGAAUCUGUGCUUGCAGACAUUGCCAAAACGUUUGAGUUUCGUCCUGAUUUGGCGGCCACAAGCAUCCGCGUUGCCUUCAUCCUUGCCGCCCGCCGCGCGGGGUUUGCUACAGACAACAUUGAUGAGUCUUGCGCUGUUGUCAGUGGCCUAGAGGACAUUGCUGGUGUGCUGCGCCAUCUUUCAACUGUGCACGGUCUUUCGACGGAAGACGCCGCGUCUCUUUUGGCGGUGGCUGCCGUAAAGUUUUUAAAGGGGCCCUGUGACGUCAUUGAAAGCAACUGGCGGUGGGGGCGAAAUGACACGGACACCACACUCCCGCGGAAAAAGCAACUUGCCGAGGCUGACUCCGGCCUUAUUGCGCUGCCGACCAUUCUUGAGGGGCUCGGUGGCCUCACAGAUGAGGAGAGCGUUGCCCUCAUGGCGUGCCACGGCGUCGGGGAAUUCCACGAGCACGUAAGCGGCAUCGACGGCGUGUCACACAUUGGUAGUCAGUACAAACUCAGCAACGACUAUUACAAAUUUCUGUUGGCGAAUGAAAGGCGAUUCUUUGAGCUGGAAGUGCCUCGGACAGAGGAAAACAAGGUCAUCCAACGCCUCCCAAAGGACUUCGUCUGUGUUUAUGCACAUGUGGGAAAGAAACAAAAAAAGCGGCAAUGUGUCUUUAACCGACGCGAGGUGGAAGCCCUGUUACGCAAUAAAAAAUGGCGAAGUUUAACAGAACGAUACGCGACAGAUGAAGCGGCGUGGGCGGCGGCGUUUCAGUCGGCUUUUACGAAAAUGAUAGAAUGUCAUUUUAAGCGCCUCCGACCGUACAACAAGUCGUCCGAACAAAUGCAUACGGAAUGA